UUCUCAACAUCCGCUUCUCAACAGCAGCCCCGGGGCUGGCCCGAUCGCCACGCAAGCAAGCAAGCAAGCACCUGCCCGCCGCCGCCGCCGCCACCAUAUGGGUCGCAGAGACUGCGCACCGUGCCCGGGGGGACAUCCGGCUCCCAUCAGGCCCCGCCUGCCCCUGCCCGCAGACUCUGAGCUGCCAGGCACAGCUCGCUGCAGGGUAAUGCGGGCUGAGCAGGCUCCAGCGGGGUGGCCGGAAUGGGCUGAGGUCCAGAACAGAUCCCCUUCUGAAGGUGGAAACUGGGAUUCUAGCCCCGCUCGGUCGGGGCGAAUUCUGUGGCCUUGGGCAAGUGUUUUCCCAGCCUCUUGGUUCUCGCGUUUGAAAAAAAAAAAAAAAAAAAAAAAAAAAGGAGGCAGCCUUGUUUCUCACAGGAGUGAGGGCCUCCACCAACCUCUUUAACCUGGUUUCUGGGCUCCUACCAUUCUGUUGAAUCCCUUUAACCUGGCCCUCUAAGAGCAGGUGCCAGAGCUGUGAGGGGUAGAAAAUCUGGGUAUCGAGAGCUGAAGACGUCUGUGUCGACUCAAAUCUACCCCUCCAGCUCUCUUCCAGGCUGCCGCAGCCACCACCAAAUUUCACUUCUGCCACCUCCUGGGUCCGUCUUUCAGUCCAAUCAAAUCUGAGAUCAGCCAAGAGGACAAACUCAGGGUCUUCAGACACAGGACAGGGCUCACCACCUUUCUCAAGCCCCAUAAUCUUGUGCUCUCUGCAUCCCAGUCCGACAAGCUAGUCUGAGUGAGUCUAGGUUGGUACCAGAGCCUUGGUGACCUUCUUGGAGAUUAAUCCCCAUGGUGACCGCAGCUCACCCCCUCACUCUGGCUAGGCCAGCAUAGGCCUGAGCAAGAAUGGGGACUUGGAACACAUCCCCUGACCUGUCAAACCCCUCUCUAGGGAAGAGUCAAGCAGCUGAGCAGUAAUUCCGGCUCCACGCUCCAUCAAACCUGGCCAGGCUUAUCCUGUUUUCCACCCAUGUUCUCCUGGCUUGGACUGUAGCCUCAACUCAAGUUCAUGUAUGUGAAUCCCAGCAGCCAUUUCUCACUAGUGAAUGAAUGGAGAGGCUCCCUCCCCCCUCCCCUAGAAGCUCAGAACUCCAGAAAUGGGAUUAGUAGGAAGGGCAAACCAUCUGGAGAUGUUCUUGUACACUCCUUCCCCGGGGGCAUUUGGCCCACAGUUGGUUGUCUUGUUAAUCCACUCCAGUUUUAUUGAAUUCCUGCUCCGUAUCAUGCUAGAUUUGAGGAUGAUAUCUGGGAACAAGGCAAACAUAGUUCCUACCCAUUUGUGUGGAGCUUACAGUCUGGUGAAGGGGGCGCCGGUGUCUUCAUGAACUAAGAGGAGGGUAUCUUCAGACUGGCAAAUGCUAGAGAGGAAAUGGCCGUGAUGGGUGGUAAGUGUGCUGUGACGAGCAUCACCCACAAAGUGUCAGGGGAGCUGCAUGCCAAGAGUGUGUGGCUAAGACACUCCAGGGGAUUCCAAGGGCAAAUGUAAAGGCUCUGGGCUGGGAACGGACUUGGCAGAUUAGGUGAAAGAUAGAGCCUUAAGUAAGCUUCCAGGAGUUGGGGUGGGAGGCAACAGAACAAAAAUCCUGGCUUUUCUUAACUCUGAAACUGGCCAGUUGCGAGUUUGCGCAGAGCCCCGAACCAGGUUGAGUUUCAAUUUCCACAUUUGUGUGUGCAAACUGAACCCACCAGGCCGCUGUUGAGUUUCUAAGGGAGGCGCUUGGCAAGCAGGAGUAGCAAAAUAGUUUCCUCCACCCCCCACCUCUCCUGCUGGGGUAGCCUCUCACCAUUAAAAAGCACUUGCAUUACAGAUCUGCAAGAAGCUCGUGUCUAGUUGACAGCUAACGGUGAGGCGAACCUGUACCUGCCUUCCUGGGGCUCUAAGCCUUUAUUGCCCCCCAGCGCCCCCCGCCCCCCGCCGCGGCCGCCGCCUAUGUCAGGAGCCCUGCAUUUUGGGGCUCGAGCGGCCUCGCCUCUCUAGCGGGUGGUGGGGAAGGUUGAGAUGCUCUUUCUACCUAGGACAGUCAAUCCUCCUGUUGGCACCAGUCGUCCUAAAAUCCAGGCAAACAUAUGCGCUCCCGGAUGCUUUUUUUGUGUUUAGUGCCGCCUGGCGGCGAGGCCUGGUCUGGACCUCGGGGCGGGAGAAGUCUAGUUGGGAAGUCCAGCUCGGGAAGAAAGGGCAGUGAUGGACAGAUCUUCCAGCUUAAGGAGGCCUGGGGGCUUGAUGCAGGGUCGUUAGAUAAGGGCUUUCUCUUCCUCCGUCCUAGCGACGCCCAAAAGAGACCUUCACCUAGGGAGUUGCAGCAUUGGGAAGAACCGUGCUGGGUCAGGCUUAGGAAAAGGCUAAGUCUCGGGCUUAGCCUUCACGCCUGAGAGUCUGUGCCAGGGUGUGCAUGUUCUGCCCCUAGGCUGGGAGUCUCUGCCAGGCUUAAGCCUCCACUGAAAGAAAGCGCAGAGUCAGCCUGGGCUCCUGCGGACGCGCGAUGUGCGCCUCAGCAUUUUCCGUUGUCACCCCGGGCGGGCUGGGACCAGAUCGGUGGCUCCGCUGCCUAUGCAGACCAGGGCCGACCAAAGCCUGCCAGCUGACUCAGCUGGCCCACCGCGCCCGCAUCCCACAGGGAGAGGCAGUCAGACGCGGGUAUAAAGCGGUGCACACCAGACUCGCGCGCAGCCUGUCCAUUCUCCGGGCGUGCGUUGCUCCCCCAUCCCCGGCAUGAGCAGCGCCCCCGCGCCGGGCCCGGCGCCCGCCUGCCUCACACUCUGGGAUGAGGAGGACUUCCAGGGUCGUCGCUGCCGACUGCUGAGCGACUGUGCGAACGUCUGCGAGCGAGGAGCCCUGCGCAGGGUGCGCUCGGUCAAGGUGGAAAACGGCGCAUGGGUGGCCUUCGAGUACCCCGAUUUCCAGGGACAGCAGUUCAUUCUAGAGAAGGGAGACUAUCCCUGUUGGAGUGCCUGGAGCGGCAGUAGCAGCCACCACAGCAACCAAUUGCUGUCCUUCAGGCCAGUGCUCUGUGCGAACCACGGCGACAGCCGUGUGACACUGUUUGAGGGGGAAAACUUCCAAGGCUGCAAGUUUGAACUCAGUGAUGACUACCCAUCGCUGCCUUCCAUGGGCUGGACCAGCAAAGAUGUGGGUUCCCUCAAAGUCAGCUCUGGAGCGUGGGUGGCCUACCAGUACCCAGGCUACCGAGGCUACCAGUACAUUUUAGAGCGGGACCGGCACAGUGGGGAGUUCCGUACCUACAGUGACUUUGGCACACAGGCUCACACUGGACAGCUGCAGUCCAUUCGAAGAGUCCAGCACUAGGCUUCGCAUCCCCAGUCAUCAUCACCCCUAAGAUUCUCAAUAAAAGCUCUUGAAUCUA